GGUUCCGACGGUGGCAAUUCUGAGGGAAACGGAGGGAGGAGGAGAGGAGGCCCGGCCAAGAUGUCGGCGGCGGACGGAGAAGGCUGGGAAGGGAACCGGCAGCGCGGAGGCGGCAGGGGCAGCGGCGACGGUCUGGUGGCUCCCGUCCCUCGCGGCGGGGGGCUCCUCAACCGGUUCGUCAGGCUCCCUCCCGGCCCAGGACGAGGCGGCCACAGAGUUCCCCCUGCCAGAAGUGGCCACCGCUGUGUAGCAGACAAUGCCAACUUGUACGUGUUUGGAGGAUACAAUCCUGACUAUGACGAGUCUGGAGGGCCAGAGAAUGAGGACUAUCCACUGUUCAGAGAGCUCUGGCGAUACAACUUCGCUACUGGCAUCUGGCAUCAAAUGGGCACAGAAGGCUACAUGCCACGAGAGCUGGCCUCCAUGUCGCUUGUGCUGCAUGGGAAUAACCUCUUGGUUUUUGGUGGCACUGGAAUCCCAUUUGGCGAGAGCAAUGGCAAUGAUGUCCAUGUCUGCAAUGUGAAAUAUAAACGCUGGGCCCUGUUCAAUUGUCGAGGGAAGAAACCAAAUCGCAUCUAUGGACAGGCAAUGGCAAUCAUUAAUGGAUCUCUGUAUGUGUUUGGGGGAACAACUGGCUACAUUUACAGCACAGACUUACACAAGCUGGACUUGAAUACCCGGGAGUGGACCCAGCUGAAGCCAAACAAUAUGCACUGUGACAUGCCAGAGGAAAGAUAUAGACAUGAAAUUGCACAUGAUGGACAGAGGAUUUACAUCCUGGGAGGUGGAACAUCAUGGACAGCCUAUUCCUUGGACAAGAUUCAUGCCUACAACCUUGAAACAAACACCUGGGAGGAAAUCGCAACAAAGCCUUAUAAGAAAAAAGAGUUCCCAGCGGCCAGAAGAUGUCACAGCUGUGUACAGAUAAAAAAUGAUGUCUUUGUCUGUGGAGGAUACAAUGGAGAAGUGAUAUUGGGAGACAUCUGGAAGCUGAAUCUGCAAACUUUCCAGUGGGUGAAACUCCCAGCUGUUAUGCCCGAGCCAGUCUAUUUCCACUGUGCUGCUGUGACUCCGGCUGGCUGCAUGUACGUCCAUGGAGGUGUGGUGGACAUCCACAGGAACAGACGGACUGGCUCUCUCUUUAAGAUGUGGCUGGUUGUGCCUAGCCUUCUCGAACUGUCUUGGGAGAAGCUUCUGGGCUUUUUUCCUCAUUUAGCAAAGCUCCCCAGAUCACAGCUUUUGCACCUUGGACUCACACAGGGACUCAUCGAGCGCUUGAAAUGAGUAUCUUCUGCUCUUAAAACACUAAUUUAAGAAGUGACUCCUCUUGCCCUUCUCUCUUUCUCUCUCUCUCCUUCUCUCACUGCCCCUGCCCCUUUUUCUCCCUCUAUUUAUGAGUACGCAGAGGAUGCUGCUAAGGAAAUGGAGAACUCUGCUCCAAAGCCUUACUCAGCAAAUACAUCAGAUGCCUUUCUUGUGAAUUUUUAUUUUAAAGUUUAUGGAAGUCAGCUUUUUUUCCCUUAAUUUAUGGAUACUUAUAAAUACAUCAUGAACGAAAGGAUAUUGUUACUGAACUAAUUUGUGCUUUUUGCUGCAUGCAUGUUGUCUCAGAAGGGAGAGGAGUGAGCAGAGGGCACCAUGUCCUGCCUUCCCUUUUCCAGCUCCUUAAUAUUGUUUUGUAAGAUCUGCUUAAAUGCAUAGAAUAUGCUGCAGCAGGUCCAGGUUGGCUUGAUGUGGAAUCUGUCCUAGCUUGCACCCACAGCACUUGGCCUUUUUCAAAAGUGAACAAAUCAUGUCUUCUGUAGGCCAUUCUCUGACAAAGGCUUCAGCCGGAUGUCACUCGCACAGCGUGUUGUGGCUUUCUCAAAUGUGUUGUUAUUUCUUACCUUUUCAUAUUGGAAUACCCUACUGGAAUUUACAGCUGACUGCCUGUACAUUACAAUAUUGCUCUCUAUCCCAAUUGUGGCAUGGAGGGACAGAGCGUGUUCCUACUCACGUUCAGCACCCAAGAAGAAUUAAUGGAGAAAGAAAACCAUGAAGAGCUGAAAGCUUGUUGUUUUCCCCCAUCUCGUCACAAACAUGUCAAUGUGAGAACUUGGAAAUUCAUUUUUAGCGCUGUAACUGUUGCAUCAGCCCUGUUUUUUCUUCUGUAGGUACAGCACUAAAUUCCACCAGCUUCUGGAUUUUCCCUUUUGCUCUGAGCGUUGGUUUGUUUUAAAAAUCCCAGUUUCAAUGGACUUUAUCCCUCUGCCGCUGCCACCGCCUUUCCAAAGGUUUCAUACUAACGGGCCAUUCAUUCAUUCCCAGGAAAUGCCACAUUGGCACUGCUAUGUCCUCCCUUUCUUGCGCAUGGGCAAGAUGCCUGACAUUUUGCUGCAAACAGUAUUCGCCUUGUUUCUUCGCCAGAAAUGCUGGAAAAAGGAAACUGUGACUCUGUCUUAAGUGUUUGUUCCAAGUGGCUGUGAAAAUCAGUUCUGUAGAAUGUAUGCCAAACAGCCAUCAAACCAAGCAUUGUGCCUGGCUCCAGAGGCUGGGUUUUUUAAUCCUUUUUUUUUUGUGCGUUCUUUUUGUUUAAAAUUGUACAUGAAAUCUCA